CUUGUAUUUCUUAUGGAAAGGGGCCGCAAUUGAAUGGGGGCCGGAAUUGCAAGUCUGUGGUUGCACCCUCGCCCCUGCGGCGACCCAGGCAGCCGAAGGAGCCAAACAAGAACCAUCGCUGCCUGCGAGGAAAGUCUGCAUGAAGGCCGCAGGGCCGAAUCUGCUUCCGCACAGACGUUGAAUUUUGCAGAAUUGAUGGAAAUCCGCCGACGGUGAAAUAAUUAUGCGAAUCCGGCUGACCAGGGUGGCCCUGGUCGUUCUGAACGUGCUGCUCGUUUACAACAUCUACAAGCUGGUGUCACCCUCGAACUCUUUGGCAGGGAAACCGGUCGAACCGUCGGAGGCACCUUCACCCCUGCACCACACCGUGACCAUCAUUUUCCGGCACUUCGAGUCAUUCGACAAUGAUCUGCCGAAGAGCAUCGACUCUUUUGUCUCUCAGGUUCAGCCGCCGCCAAACGUCCUAGUGGUGAGUGACACCCCUGUCUACCCUCCCUUGCGCUUCCCGGCUGAGAUGGACAGCCAGAGCGUGCACCAGAUCGCCUUGAAUGUCAACCUGAACUCGUCCUUUGAGGAAAGAAACCCUCUGGCCUACGUGAAAACCAAAUUCGUCCUGUUUGUGCCGGACUCGGUGCGGCUGCCGUCGGAGCAAUUUCUGCAGGCCCUGCUUGACGAUGCUGAAAAGGAGGCCGACAAGAACUCGCUGGCCGUGGCCUUCGAGGGCUUGGUCGACGGGGUGUUUUGCCUGAAGCAGGAGUUCAACACAAAGGAGUGGACGGUGCUGUUCAAGAGGCAGAAUGAGCACGGAGCCUUUUGUGAUGCUGUGCAGGGCAAGCACGCCCUACUCCUCAGGACAGAGACCUUGAGAAGGAUGCCCGAACCCUUCAUGAGGCCUUUCCCUGAAAUUCUUUAUUUGCAGACUUCGCUUCGAGGCGAAAAAGUGAGACUAAUAAGAGACAAACAAUUCCAAGACGGUCGAGCCUUGUUUAACAAUGGUCACCUUCAGUGGAAGGCUGAGAGUGCAGAUAACAAAAGACGCCUGAAGGCUUUCAAAGAGCUCGGAGUCAAAAAAGUGAUUAGGGAGACUGGAAAAGUCGAGUGGUAUGGCUGCAGCAAGAAGAGUCAGCGAUGCUUUGGAACGGUCGUCGAUGAUACACCCGAAUACCUCAUGUCAGGUCGUUGGACACCUCCUUGCUGUCUGGAGGCGCUAAGGAAGACAGCCAGACACGUUUUCUCUGCCUUGGAAGAGGCUGGUGUCAGGUACUGGCUGGAGGGUGGCAGUUUGCUGGGUGCCAUGAGGUAUAAUGACAUCAUACCUUGGGACUAUGACGUUGAUAUUGGCAUCUACGAGGAUGAUAUUUCUCGGUCUGUGUGGCUCACAAGGGCAUCUACUAAGGCGACGGUUGAUGACAAAGGUUUCCUUUGGGAAAAGGCACAACCGUCCGAGGGCGCUUUCUUUAGAGUUCACUACAGCCAGUCAAACCGGCUGCACGUGGACAUCUUCCCGUUCCGCUCGACCGCAGACGGUAAGAUGACCAAAGACUUCUGGUUCCCGACCCAUCCUCAAGACUGCGAGUUCCCCGAGCACUUCCUGCACCCCAUUUCGUCGAUCAACUUUGCAGGUAGGAAGGUGUCCGCUCCGAACAACGUGCGCGAUUUUCUGGAGCUCAAAUUCGGCAAAGGUGCCAUAGAAACCCCUCAGUACCCAAAUCCGCAUUUGUUGAGGCUAAACGAACGAGUAGACUGACAUAAUGAAUCUCCAAUCCAAAGAGUAAUUUUAAGCUCGCAACCUAAUCGAAAAAGAAAGCAACGCAAUAUGUACCUUUUUAAAAGAGAGUUAAGAACAAAAGUGCUUUGGCUAGAUGAACCCUUCGCCUAUUAAAUUUAAAUGACGAUUAAAAAAGUUAUUCUCAUGAAAAAAAUAACACGGGGGUUGCAGCCACCUUUGUAUCUCUUAUAGAAAUAUUAUAGAAAUUCGCUUAAUCGACAUAGUAAUCUUUAGUAGACCAUUUUUGUUGCCAUUACCGUGCCAUGUGAAAGAAAGAGAACCCAACGUUGCCAUAUUUUCCAACAAUUGUAUAAAGAUUAUAAUGUAAAUCUGUGAUUUCUUUGUUUGUGACUUGUAUAAGCAUAAUAUAAAUAUUGUGAUAGCUCACGUGGUGGCAAGAUUUUCAAUCGUUUGCUGAUUAGAAUGAAAAUUCUCAAGUAAUUUGACCUUUAAUGAGAUUAAUAUAUUAUAUAAAUAUACCUUGUACACAUCUUGGUAACAUUUCAGCUCUUGUUAAAAUUUUCAAAAAUCUUCAAAUACUAAUAACAAUCGUACGAAUCAAUCAAAUGCAUAUUUUA